AUGUCAAUCAAACAAAAAGGAUGCUGUUUCAGUGAGGAUGCAGCUGCUCAAUACCUGGAAAUCACAGCACAACCGCCGUUGAAGUCGACGAAACACCGACACAGCGUACACACCUCAACCAUGCAACAGCUGAACAUCAAUGCGCCCACAUUCGAGAAGCCACAUCGAACGAAUGGCCAGUUUUCGAAGAAUGAUCAGGCGCCGUCAAAUGGACCACAGCGUUCAACGUCGUCCGAUUAUUGCAGAGAAGAACGCAGAGAUACGAUUUCAAGCAGUAACAAAUUCCUGAAAUGGCUUGGAAUUGGUGCCACUGGCGCGGACAAAAAAGAUAUGAAAAAUCGUAGAAUGAGCACUUUCACAUAA